AUGGUGCUUGUCUUUGUUGGACUGGCAGCCCAUGAAGACCACGUGCUGCUGCUCUUUGAGCUUGAACUAGCAGAUGAGGAGGAUGUGGUGCUUGUCUUUGUUGGACUGGCAGUCCAUGAAGACCAGGUGCUGCUGCUCUUAGAUGAAGAUGAUGACGCAGUGCUUGACUUGGUUGAGCUAGCAACCCAUGAAGACCAGGUGCUACCACUGUUUGAAGAGCUUGAACUAACAGAUGAUGUGGUGCUUGUCUUCGUUGGACUUGCAACCCAUGAAGACGAGGUGCUGCUCUUAGAAGAACUUGAAUGUGACCAUGAAGAGGAGGAGCUGGUUGACUUUGACGAUGCCUGUGAGCCAAGCCAAGAUCCCGACGACGCCGAGCUGGAGGAAAUUGCCGAACUGCUGUGCGAGGAGACGGGACUGCUCCAGCUACUCGAAGAAGAUGAGGCGCUUACUUUCGAGCCAGAAGGGCUGCUACAGCCCCAUACAGUUGUCGUUGUCUUCGUUGAGAUUGUGGUCGUGGUCUUUUGA